AACAGCAGCACCCGGUCUUUCUGGAUUUGCCAGCACCUGGAAUUCCGGACCAAACUCCCCGAAAGGGGUUCCAUUCUGGUCAUGGCUUUGCUCGAUUCCAAAUUCCAGCCCUGGGCUAAAGUUAGGGAACACCUUGAGCAUGUUUUAAGAACGACAGAUCCCGAAGAGCACUGUGUUAUGGUUCCCUAUGGCCUCCAGCUGGCCCAUACCUUUCAUCACCCUCACGUGAUCCGAUGUAUGACGUUCUACCAUAGCACCAACAGCAACAUAUACGUAACUCAACUAGACAUCGGUGUUAUCAACAAAGUCUACUUUUGGUCUCUUAGCACUUUGCCUGAUGAGGAGGUCAAAUGUCAAAGGAUCGAGAUAAACACACAGAUGUCUACGAUUAUAUUUGUACCACAGCACAGGGUCUUUGUUGGUUAUUCUCCCAAUGUGACUCUUCAUGUGUUAAGUGAUCUUAACAAUAAGUGCAUGGAGCUCACACAGGUACACUGCUCAGAAACUAUCGUGUGCAUGGUCUACAAUGAAGACUUUGAUGAGCUUGUCACUGGUGGCCAUGGGUUCCUUCAAGCUUGGAGCAUGACCAAUGUGGAGAAACGUGAUCCUCUUGUUCGAGGUCGUCCAAUCGAAAUUGAGAUUACAGAUGAAGACUGGGUUCGAGAUGUCCGUGUUGAUCGCAAACGUCGUCAGCUGUGUGCUCUCUGUGAUGAGGGUAUUCACAUCAUCAAUUACAUCACAAACACGGAGGUUUACUGUAUCAAGAACUGGCAUGCUUCUGCUCUUUCUAGUUUUGUUUUCUACCACAAGCUUGAGUACUGCAUCACAGCCUCUAUGGACGGGGCUAUCAAGGUUUGGAACGCUGUAGUCUUCAAGGAAGUUCAUCAAUUCAUCGGGCACUAUGACAGUGUUACCGGUCUUGUUAUCCAUCCAGCUGACCCUCUCCUCAUAUCAAGCUCUACAGAUGGAACAGUAAGGAUCUGGAGACUUGAUACCUUUGAAUUGACUCAGAGACUGAAUGUAGGAGAGAAGGUGUUAGGAAUGAAGCUAGCUAACUCCAAUCAACUUUACUACUACACAUUGCAUGAUAUCAAAGUCUGGAACUUCAAUUUGUUUCAUCAUCUGUUCACACCGGUGAGGUCUUGUGUUCACAAGCUGGCUAGGAUCAGCAACCCUUCUUCAUCUUCUAGGGUACUAUGUGCAGCUGAGGAUGGAGGUGUUCGCUUAAUAUCCGCUGUAUCAGGGACUGAGCUUACCAUCAUAUACCCUAUGCCGUCUUUUCAGGUGCUAACAGAUAUUGUAUAUGACCCCAAGAAUUCACUGAUCUUCACUGUUCUUGAGAUGGGAGAUGUGUUGAUCUUUGACAGUUCUACCAACCCAUGUCAGGCUAAAGAACUCCUGGUACCAAUGAUGCCUGAGGAGUCUGUGGUAUCCCUUGCUUUAGUCAAACUGGAUUGUGCCAAUGGACGUGAGGAGACUCCAUCCAGUGAUUAUCUGAUCUUUGCUGGUCUAGCUAGCGGUCAGAUCUCACUGAUGCAAUCCCAGGCUCACUGUAUGAGGUACCCACUACAGGCACACGGUGGAGCUGUGCUGGCGCUGGAGUGUUCCCACGGAGACUAUGGGCCUGAGGUGGACAACUAUGUAGCCAGUGGAGACAGGCUGAUUUCAUGCGGCUCAGACAGGCUGGUGAAGAUCUGGGAGAUUGGAAUCGGUAACACUCUCCAAGCUAUCAGACUCGUCUGCCUCAAAGUGAUAGCAUGCACCAUGUCUCCUUGUCAUAUCUCAAUGCUAGGGAAUAUAUUGUGCACUGUGUUACCAUCAAAUGUGGUGGAGAUGUUUGAACUGUGUGAUGAUUACGAGAGCUCCAUACAACCUGGCCUCCCAACAUCGCAGCUGGCCGAGUACAUCGAUGCCAACAAGGUUCCUGGAAUCAGACACCUUAAACAUCUUAAAGAUCAUGAUCAUAUCAAACAGAUAACGGCUUUGUGCAGUUGUUCCUCCUUAGGUUUGUUUGCAACAACCAGUGAUGAUGGGACUCUCAAGAUUUGGGACCUGAGCAACACCUUGGUGCGUGAAUUAUUGUUUGAUGAAACGCUGAGGAGUGUAUGCUUUGCCAACGCCAGAGGAGACCUACUGGUAGGGUUUCAAAACCACAUCAGCCAUGUGAGUAUCGCAUCCUACCUUCCUCUGUCAUUGAUGGAGAUGCUGGUCGAGACAGAGUUUGAAGAUGAGCAGGUAGAAGAGCCGUUCCAGUUUAACCCAGACCUGCCUCUAUGGUUCAAUCUGAGAAGCAUUCCUACUUUCCCCACUGACCUCCUGUUGAGGCAGAUUGUUAAAAAGAAACUACCCCAGCUAAGAAAGCAGAUCCUAGGAGAGACAACGUCCAAGAUAGAGGAGAACAAGGAGGAGGAAAGAACAGAGGAGGACCCCCGAAGCAGUGUUGAGAUAGUGAUAAAUACCAAAAGUAUUUUCCAGGUUGCAAAGGAAGAAAGUACUAUCCAGGUGGCAGAGAAAAUGGAUCAAGUAACCACUGAAAGGAAAGAACCAGAGCCUACCCCACCCAAGCAGGAGAAGAUUCGACAGGGUGAUGGAUCAAUGAGUUACCAAGGCAACGGUGACCAAGCUCCUGCCGCUUCUGUUUCAAAACCCGCUGCUGAUGAAUGCAGCAAGAUUGAGGAAACUUUGAAGGAGAACAAGGUGGAUGCUACACAAGAGCUAGACCAGGAUGAAGAAACAAAGGCUGAAGAGUUCAAGGUGGAGCAAGAGGUUGCCAUAGAGAUAGAUGAAGGAAAGGACAUGGAAAGAGCAGAAGAGACAAAAGAAUCAUUAGAAGAACCACCAGAGGAAACAGUUGUUGAACCAGUGGAAGUGGAAGAGCCCAAGAUUAAGCUACCCAUUGCUCCAGAUGGUUACAUACCAAACUCGGUCAUCAGGAGGAUAGUCCAGCCCCCACCACCUCCUCGUUCUCCAACCCCGCCCAAGGAAUAUAAGCUUAUGAAUUUUCCUGAUGGACAUGUACACUUUGCUGAGGAAGAGUCAGACAUGGAAUAUGACGAUCAUGAGCCUUAUAUCUGGUCCUCCUCAGAGGAGAGCAUUAAGGACGAGGUCACCCCCGUAACUACCCCUAGCCCUCCUGGCUCGGAGCCAAGCUUCCAUCAGCCACUUAAACCUAGAAGACGAAGUGAGGCUGAGAUAGCUGGUGAAACUGCGCAGGCCAUCGCACGUCAAAGAAGGAUGAGCUUGAAGGUACUUGGAAAGCUGGUCCUUACUCAUCCUGGGUACAGUGAAGAGAGAGAAAAAACAGUGUCGGUCAAGAAGACGAGGCGCAAGAGCAGAGGUAUCAGCAAAGAGACAGGAUCUCUUAGAAAAUAUGAAAAGCGUGGUACCCUGGCAGAUAUUACUCAAGAUGGAGGAGAAGAGAUUGAGGAGGAAGAGGAUGAGAUAGAGAAAGAUCCGGUAGAUAUUCUCCUUCAAAAGAUCACAGAUAACUACUGGUAUCCUAAAGGGCUCAAGAUGGGUAUCUAUACUACAGUCUCAACACUCCUAAAAUUGUUGGAAGAUGCAUCUCAUGAGCACUACAAGGGUAUUUGUGAUUUACUUCAAGAGCUGAAUAGUCUUGUCAACUUUGGAGGAUCUCUGCUGGGCUCCGUCAUCAGUAGGUACCUGAGGGAUCUCAAAAGCUCCAGCUACGAAACUCGUUUGUUUUCCAUCCAAGCUCUGAAAGGUCUCGGAGACAACCGACCCGAAGUUGUGCUAGGUAUUCUCAACGCCAUGGCCGAUAAUGAGGCUGGCAUACAGGCGGAAGCAGCAGAGGCUAUAGAUAAACUGGCUGGGAUCUCAACUAAGAAUGCUAUGGAAGAUUACCUAGCUAGCAUAGGCAUUCUGCAACCUCCUCAAACAAUGGAUCCACUUAGUGACCUUGCCAUUCGAUUCCGACUUGAAGCCCAGCGAGGAGAUGACAGACUGCAUACCACUGCCUCACAUCUCUUAGAACGCAGACAAUCUUCUCAGUUUCACCUUCCUGAUCAAUCGAGCAGUCCAGAUGGGGUCGAGGAUUGGCUGCGAAGUUACCUACACAACAAGGAUCUCUAUCAAUACAAGCCCAAAGGUCUAAAGAUUCAAGCACCGAUCCACAAGAAGAAACGCAGAAUGGCCCUUACUCACAGAGUGACAAGACCUACAGCAACUGGAGAGCUAGUAGCCCUGGAAGAACCAGAGGAAUUGAGUGAUGAGGCAUUGAGUGGUUAUGGAAGUGAUGAAGAUGAGAAGGAGGAUGAGGAAGAAGAUGAGGAAGAAGAUGAGAAGAAAGAUGAGGAAGAAGAUGAUGAUGUAACUUCGGAGGAGGAAUUGGAGGAGGAGCUGGAGGAGAUGGAGAGCUUUGCAAGGCACCCUGAAGAGCAUCAUCAACGGCCAGUGAAGUUGAACAAACAUCAGGCCAUGAUGAAAGCCAAAGAGAUGGCUGCUGAGAGGGAGAAAGUAAUCAUGGAGCGAAAGGCCAAAGAAAAGAUGAGGAAACACAUAGAAGAGUACGAAGAAGCCAUGAAGAAGAAACGCCGAAAGAUGAAGCAUUUUUUGCCCUACCACACAAGGUUCUACAAUUAUUACUCCAAACCAGAGAAGGCUAGCGGGCAAGUAUACCAGCGUGCAAGACGAGGUAUCAAAGCUAUGCUGAAGUCUGUACCUUCCAUUCAAGAGACUGAAACAAUGCCAAGCAUAGUGGAAAAAAGAUCCCGUCAUGACUCACAAAUACACGUACAAGAGCAAAUGUCUAGUCAAUCUAUGGUAUCCGAAACGGACCAAACCCCUCUUCAAACCGGCCUCCGACAAAUGAUGCAUCUUCAAAUAGAGGAAGAGAAGGAGGAGGUGACCACUCCAGAACAAUCUCUCAGAAAACCAGUCAGUCAGCAGAUUUCAAGAGAAACCAGCAAAAAUGAGAUCAAGAAAGGAGUUCACUUCUACCUAGACAGAAGGCGAUGGGAGGACAAGGAGAUGAUAGCUAAAGGUUUGGGUACACAAUUUGGCCCGAGGUUCAACACCCCUGUGGAACCCACUGGAGACUCGGGUCUCGGGGAGAGCAUAUUGAUUGGAACCAGCAUAUUGACUGGAACCAGUCAGCUACUCACUGGAACAGGUGCAAGUGAUAUCUUCAGUGAAUCUGUGACUGGUACAAAAACUGAUGGCACCGGUGGGAUGCACCCAGGGAGCAUUGAGAGUAGCAGACCAAGAUCUAACCUCACUAGGGCUAACGUCAGGCGACAUGAGCUCCUCAGUGCACACAAAGAGGCCAGAGACUCAGAGAUAGUGCCCAAAGAAAACUGGCACGACUUCUUCCUCCUGCCUAUGAUCCAGGAAAAGCGAAAGCAUCAUGAAGCGCUUCGUAGUCUUCGAGGUGGCAUCAGAGUUGAUGGAGAGGCACCUAAGAAACCAAUGAAGAUCAAGUGUGUUCCAUCAGGAGUAGCUCUAACACCUGGCAGUAGCAACCAGAGGAUACUCUGUGACAUUUCGCUUGGGUCAAAGGGCAAAGGUCGAAGCAUUGGAGAACGGGGAGACAUCCCUCAGGUCCCACCCUUGGGAAAGCAAGGUGUGACAGGCUAUGGUGCGUUACAGAUGACUUGGUCAAACAUGGUUCCACGAUACACUGCCCAAACACAGGAGGGGCACUGUGUAACCAUGGGAAGCAGGAGGCGUGACUUGUCUCUGGGGACGGCACAGAGAAAAGAAAAGGAUUGGACAAAAUAUGAAGCAAACAAGAAGAUGUGGCUGAGAACACAAAUGCUCUAUCCAUCACUGUUUGCUCUCCAGGAGAUAGAUUUGGUCAAAAGAAGACUGAGUGAACCUCACCCAACCAAGAAGGGUAAUGUGUUUCAAUGGGAGACACCGCUACCUAUGGUCUCAUUCAAACCAACAGAGAGACAAGCUGAGGAGCCAAAGAAGACAUGUCGCAUGUGUGAUCAGGAGCGGCACAAAAUGGCGACCAGUCUCCCAUCCAUCAUCCAAUCAGAGAACAGGGAAGACGUCCCUAUCGUCCCUUGGAAUUCCAUCGCAUCGACCUGUGACCCAUGGACUCUACCGAAGAUUAAAAUCCACAAGAAGCAUGCGAGUGAUGGACUAAAGACUGUGCAGCAGCAGCCACUGGCAGAGAUCACUGCCCAGUCAUAGCACAAGCCCAUGGACUAUUCUUAGCAUAAGCCCCUUGAACCCUUCUUCUAUCAAGAUCAAUGAUGGUGUGUUUUCCUGCACCAAGCUCCAAGCACAAAAGGAUUGUGAAUCAAUACGACUGGAUGUCAACCAUAAAGGCAACAUCAUUGCAGCUGAUUACAGAACAAUACCAAGAGCUAUUAGGACUGGACAUUUAGUGCUAAUAGUUCUUAUUACUACGUAUGUAUUGUAAAAUAAUAUUGCACCAAAUUAAUUCUCAAAGAUGAUGAUAGGAAGACUGAUUUGUAUUCACAUAGUGAUUUUAAUUUCAGAAUUUGGACUCAGCCAAAAUACUUAUCUCUGAGACAGUUUUCACAUCAUUGGAACACUCUGUGCUAAAGAUAUUCUUCUCUGAAAUAUUAGAAAUGCUACAAUUUGAUGGCCACUCAUGAAAACCAAACUUCCAGAAUAAUAUAAGUUCCUUGUAUUUAUAUUACA